CUUUGCAUCUUGAGGAGAGGGUCAGGCCCUCAGGUACUAGCUAGCUACGCAUCUUGAAGAGCAACGUGCACGAGCAACUUUCAUGGCUAGGGUGCUGCCUUCAUCGCUGACCCCGCACAUAUGCAUCCUUCCUUCUCAAGACCUUGAAGAACUCCUUCAGUCUUCUGCCCUACCUUCCCUGCAUCAUAUAUUGCAGUCCUUUUCACCAUUACCACAAGUCACAACUCGCACCACGGCUUUGACCACUGUGCCCCACACAUCAUUCGCGCUUCGCUUUUCUGACUUGACAGAAAUCGAGGCCGCUUGUCGCGAGGAUGAGGAACAACGCGCCACACGGACUAUUGACUGGAUCGGUGACCGUAUCAGUAAACGCUGCGCCAAAUGGGUAGAUGAUUUUGAAAAGAUGAAUGAUCGAGAUGUUGCAAGAACACCUUGGUGGGAUGAAUUGAGACGUUGUGCCGAAGGAGAUCACAUCCCGGCUAGAGAUGAGGGGUGGAAUCAUCCAAUGUCAAUAAUAUUAGCAGUCUCUACUACGGCCCCAAACCCGUUGCAAGCAAUAACGGCUUUACAUUCCCGAACAUUAGAUUUUCCAUCAUGGGUAGACGUCACACAUCUCAUUUACACCCUUAUAAUUCAUCCCAAGAACUCUCCGCUCUCUGACGAAGAAGCAGGUGCACUCUUCAAUGCUGUCAAGAAACAAUAUGGUCUACACACUUACCUUCUUUCUCUUGAGCUUCCAUCCCCUCCGCCACACCCCGUAUCUAUUCCAGCACUUGUUCCUCGAUUACCCCCUCCUACUAUCUCCAACGGUUCUGCCGAUACCGUACGCCCUGACCUAAAGGCCACACAGACGGCCCCAUUGAAUAUUCUCAGAAUGUCUGAACAAGACAUUCAACAAACAGCAAGAUUUGCACGAGAAUUCGUUACAAUGAACUUAGUUCCAUGGAUGGAGAAAUGUGUAGUAGAAUGGAACGAGACAUAUUCCUCAAGUCGAAGACUACCGUCACGCUUGUUUUCAUCAACGCGUCGGCUUUUCGGAACCUCAUCUACAACCCCAGUACACUCUUCCACACCUUCUCUGCCUGCACGCUCGAAUACAUACACAGCGCCUCAGUCCUCAGUAUCUGGUUCCACCAUCCCUCCACCGUCUCAGCAACGACGCUUAGCUGAGUUUGCAACAAUCCUUGGUGACUCCAAAUUAGCAGUUGCUGUUUGGGAAUCAUUACGGAAGGAAGGGAAAGGGGGCUCCGAUAUCCUCCCUUUGCUCAUUGCUCCCUCGCCAGCUGUGCAGCUCCACGUCUCUCAUGCUUUGAAUACUAUUCACCCCAAAAGCGCUGACCUUCAUUCACACGCACAAUUACGCGCCUUGCUAUACGCUGUGCGAUGGGAAUCGACACUCACCAUUGGUGACUUCCUAAGUGACACCCUAGAGGGCGAGCGAUGGCUUGUCUGGGCUGCGGGCAACGCAGAAGAACCGCCAGCAGCCCUCUUAUUAGCUCACGCUGCACUCCUCAGCGUUCGGAAGAAUGCAAGACGGCGAGCGGCGCUGUGGUAUUUUUUUGCUGCAAAUCGCCUAGAGAAAUGUGGUAUUAAACCGCUAACCAUGUAUUUCCUUCGGAGAGCCCGUGAAUUGUCAAUCUCCCGACCGGACAAACUUUUGUCGCCAUCAUUCUGGAUGUCCGAAAACAAACAACCAUCAGAUUCAGAAGGCUUUGAUGCUGUCAUGUCUGGUAUUGAGCAUCCACUUGGAAGAUUACUGUAUACCACUGGGGACGUAUCAGGCGCUGUGCGGCACUUUUUGGGUCUCUUGCGGUGGUCUUCAGCAUCGUCCUCUCCACUCGCUCAGCUCUCCAGCCAUACUGUGGACAUUACGAAGGAUCCUAGCAACUCGGACAAAGUGUUUCUUGAAGACUUCCAGGUUGCUAUUUCACACUUGAAGUCGGUAUCCGGGGAGCAAGCACGCCUUGCGGAUAUCAAGCUGCCGCUUCGCUUCGUUGUCUCUUCCCAGGCCUGUAUUCGCUUAGCUCGAGACUCUGUCGAGGGCGAACAGUCCGAGUGGGAGACUCGGGAAGAGAUUUGGUCAUCCUUUUGGAAGCAUCGAGGCAAGGAGAAACUUGAACGAAGCGGAAAUGCUGCCGUGGGAGAGGCAUUUUGGGUUGAUAUUACGCUGCACAAUCCCCUCGAUACGGAAGUCACAUUGGCCAAUCCAACGGUAAUCGUCGAAUCGUCUUCUGGAGAUGCUGCCUGGAUUCGAGAUAACAUCACAAUCGAGACCGCCAAGGACGUUAUCCUCUAUGCCAACGAAUCGCGCACAAUUUCCAUUGCCAUUAAGGCUUCCAAACCAGCAUCACUGGUUAUUGCAGGUGUCGCUUACGACUUCCUAGGUCUCCUUCCAACGGUGGAAUCGUUAGCACGCCGCGGUCGCAGGCUGCAGGAUACACCUCAGCAGAGACAGACAAUCACUUACGCCUCUGACGAAUUCUUGAAGCUCCACGUAGAAGAGGCUAGCCAAGAGCUCGCGGUGGCGUUUGUGGACGAUGGACAGCUUGUGCUUGCUGAAGGGGAGUGUAAGCGAAUGAAGCUGUGGAUGUCGAAUGCUGGUUCGAGGGAUAUUGGGGAGGUGUGGGUUGUACCUGGUCCUGAAGAUCAGAUCUGGAUCCAGCCUUUGAAUAGUGGGGAAGGUUUGGCUACGGGCAUGGCGUGGAAAACGUGGCAGUCCGAUAAUAAGAUUAUUCCACCGAGACCAUACAGUAUACCCCUCACAGAGAAGCUCGUGGCGGCUGGAAGCACCGAAGUCACAAUUGUGUUACAUGCAGGUCGCAAGCGGAAACAGGACCUGUCGUUCCUUUUCAUUUAUCGCGAAGCACAAGGCAGCCCGUUCCAUUGCACGCGUGUCACGAGGAGUUAUGAGGUCGUCGCGUGCCUCCAGAUCUCUACGGCCUCGCACCCAAGUUACUCGUCAGAUCAUUCGUUCUCGUUAAGCCUGGACCUGACCAAUAUCUUAUCUUCGAGUAGCGUGGAGAUCAAUCAAGUGACAACGAUCAGUGCUAACUGGUCAUGUUCUCCCCUCGCUGAACUCUGCUCUGAGCCUUUGUGUCCGUCUCAGACAGCGCGUGUAUUAUUUAGCGCCACCUCCACAGGUGAUUGUACGAGUGUAAAUGCAGUCUCAGCAUUCGUCUCGAGGAAAAUAAGCAACGUGCUGCAUGGUCAAGCUAUCGCGCCUGACGAUCCGCCACAGCUAGAGCUCCUCUGCGGACAUGUCUCCCAGGUACAGGUCUUCCACUCUCUUCCCAAAUCAUCACUCAUCCCCGCCCCUUCGCAGUCAUUUGCCUACGAACCAUUUGUCGCCCACUUCAUCAUGGACGCACGGCGAGUAGCCGUCUCUCGCUCGCUCGCUCAUUCACACCCCCGAAUACCCACAUCAUCCCUCCCCAGCAUCUUCCCACUGUACAACCCUCUCUCUGUAGAUUUCGUCAUCUUCUGGAAGAUCCCUUCUGAGCAGCGUUCCGGCCAUAUCCUUGUUUCUGAAAUUACUCUAGGUGCAAGUCAUGCUAUGCUUCGAGAAGUGCUCGAGGGUGUGGAGAGCGCCAAAGUCAAGCGGAGUAUGUAUGCUGAGACGCAACGGGAGAAAGUGGAGAUGCUGCAAGCUAUCCGGGAUAGCGAGUGGAACGCUGAGAUGAACCCGAUUGUUGUGAUUGUGGAGGAUGGUUUAGUGAUAGAGCAUGAUUUCAGCCAGGGGGUUUGCAUGGCUCCUGUGAAGUUUACGAUUCGUAACCAUUCCUUGUCCCAUCCGUCGCGCUUUGUCCUUAGACUUGACCAUAGUCAACAAUCGUCGUCACAUCACUUCCAUGCAUCAUAUUGUGGUCGAACGACCUUCAGGGGGCUUCUGGAGCCAUCACAGACAACAUCUGUCCUCGCCCAGUUGUGCGCUACCCGCCCAGGAACGUACGCAUUGUCAGACUGGCGAUUGGAGACUGAGGUAGGCGAACCUGACACGGAGGGUGGGCCAUGGCAAGUAAGGCACUGUUACGAGCAGAGGGCGGCUACGGACAGCUCGUCAUCAAUUGUUAUAUCCGAUCUCUCGCAACCAUAA